CCUGCUGGACACACCGAUGCUGUGCGGGUCGCCCCAGGACCCUCGGGCACCCCAGGAAGUCUCGAAUAAAAGUAAGAACCUCCCAUUAACAGAAUGAAGCUGCAGCUAGCUGCAUUUGUCCUAAUCCUGUGGACUGAAACACUGGCAGAGCAGAGCCCAGGGCCAGGUCCCGAGUAUGCAGAUGUGGUGUUUCUGGUGGACAGCUCUGAUCACCUGGGCAUUAAGUCCUUCCCAUUUGUGAGAACUUUUCUCAACAAGAUGAUCAGCAGCCUCCCCAUAGAGGCCAACAAGUACCGGGUGGCCCUGGCCCAGUACAGCGACGAUCUCCACAGUGAGUUCCAGCUGGGCACCUUCAAGAGCAGAAACCCCAUGCUGAACCACCUGAAGAGGAAUUUUGCGUUCACCGGUGGGUCCCUGAAGAUAGGGAACGCCCUGCAGGAGGCUCACAGGACCUAUUUCUCAGCUCCCACAAACGGAAGAGACAAGAAACAGUUCCCCCCAAUCCUGGUGGUGCUGGCUUCAGCGGAGUCCGAGGAUGACGUGGAAGGAGCCUCGAAGGCUCUGCGGGAGGCUGGGGUGAAAAUCAUCUCUGUGGGGGUGCAGAAGGCCUCUGAGGAAAACCUGAAGGCCAUGGCCACAGCCCAGUUCCAUUUCAACCUCAGGACCGUCAGGGACCUCAGCGUGUUUGCCCCGAACAUGACGCAGAUCAUCAAGGAUGUAACGAAACACAGGGAAGGAACAACUGUGGCCCUGGUCACACCUAUAGUCCCAACCACACCUGCAGUGAGAACCACAGCUGCGACCAAUGCUGAUCAGACAGUUCCUGUUCCUGUGUCCUGUAAGAAAGACUCCCUUGCUGAUGUUAUCUUCUUGGUAGAUGAGUCAGUAGGGACCACACAAAACUUGAGGGACCUACAGAACUUCCUGGAGAACGUCACCAGCUCUGUGGAUGUGAAGGACAAUUGCAUGCGACUUGGACUGAUGAGCUACAGUGACAGGGCUCAGACUAUCUCUUCCCUGAUGGCAAGCACCAACCAGUCAGAAUUCCAGCAGCAAAUUCAGAAGCUUGCCCUCCGGACUGGGGCGUCUAACAUCGGGGCCGCCAUUGAGCAGAUGAGGAGAGAAGGCUUCACAGAGUCCAGUGGCAGCAGAAAGGCACAGGGGGUCCCUCAGAUUGCUGUGCUGGUCACCCACAGACCAUCAGAUGACGCUGUGCGGGAUGCUGCGCUGAACCUGCGCUUGGAGGGUGUAACCAUGUUUGCGCUGAGCAUCCAGGGAGCCAACAGCACACAGUUAGAAGACAUAGUGUCGUACCCUCCCAAGCAGAGCAUUUCCACACACAGCUCCUAUAGAAACUUGGAAUCAUACAGUGGGAACUUCUUAAAAAAGAUCCACAAUGAAAUCUGGACCCAAGUUUCUACCCAUGCAGAACAAGUGGAGCUUGAUAAAACUGGCUGUGUGGAUACCAAGGAGGCUGAUAUCUAUUUCCUCAUCGAUGGCUCGAGCAGCAUAAAAAAGAAAGAGUUCGAGCAAAUCCAGAUAUUUAUGUCAUCUGUGAUAGACAUGUUCCCCAUUGGUCCCCACAAAGUCCGAGUUGGAGUCGUGCAGUAUUCAGAUAAGAUUGAAGUGGAGUUUCCCAUCUCUCGCUACGUGGAUGGCAUUGACUUGAAGAAGGCUAUUUUUAACAUCAAGCAACUCAAAGGUCAUACAUUGACGGGGGAAGCCCUGGAUUUCAUAUGGCCGAUAAUAAAGAAGGGGAAGUCAGAGAGGACAGAUGACGCUCCCUGUUACCUCAUUGUACUGACUGAUGGGAAGUCGGAAGACAGCGUCCUAGAACCUGCCAACAGGCUGAGGGCCGAACGUGUCACCAUUCACGCAGUUGGGAUUGGCGAGGCGAACAAAACACAGCUGCAACAAAUCGCUGGGGAAGACGAAAGGGUUAACUUUGGGCAGAAUUUUGAUUCUCUAAAGAACAUAAAAAAUGAAAUUGUUCACAGCAUCUGCUCUGAAAAAGGCUGUGAAGACAUGAAGGUGGACAUCAUGUUUUUGGUGGACAGUUCUGGAAGCAUAGGGCAUGCAAAUUUUGAGACAAUGAAAACUUUCAUGAAAAACCUGGUGGAGAAGAUGCAAAUUGGUGUCCAAGGAACCCAAGUCGGUGUUGUUCAGUUCAGCGAUUAUAAUAGGGAGGAAUUCCAGCUGAAUAAAUACGCCACACACGGAGAGAUUUAUGCUGCAAUAGACGGCAUGGCACCCAUCAAUAGAAAUACCUUGACCGGAAGUGCACUAACUUUUGUAAAUGAAUACUUUGACCUUUCCAAAGGGGGCCGCCCCCAGGUCAGAAAGUUUCUCAUCCUCCUCACAGAUGGCAAAGCCCAGGAUGAAGUGGCGGGUCCUGCCAUGGCUCUCAGGAACAAAGGUGUCACCAUCUUCUCUGUAGGCGUGUAUGGUGCCAAUAGGACCGAGCUGGAGGAGAUCAGUGGGGAUGGCAGCCUAGUUUUCCAUGUCGAGAACUUUGAUCAUCUGAAGGCCAUAGAGAGUAAACUCAUAUUUCGUGUGUGUGCCCUGCAUGAUUGUAAGAGGAUCGACGUCUUAGACAUUGUAUUUGUGCUGGAUCAUUCAGGCAGCAUAGGUCCACAACAGCAAGAAAGCAUGAUUAACCUCACCAUCCACUUGGUGAGGAAGGCAGAUGUUGGCAGGGACCGAGUUCAGUUUGGAGCUCUCAAAUACUCCAACGACCCCGAGAUCCUUUUCUAUCUUAACACGUACUCCAGCAAAUCGGCCAUUGUUGACCACCUGAGGAGACCCAGGAGCACCUCAGGGAACACCUACACUGCCAAAGCUCUCCAGCACUCCAACAUCCUGUUCACAGAGGAGCAUGGCAGCCGCCUGAGGCAAAAUGUGGGGCAGCUGAUGAUUGUCAUCACGGAUGGCGAGUCCCAUGACCGAGAUAAACUCAACGACACGGCUCGAGAACUGAGGGACAGAGGCAUCACCAUCUUUGCUGUAGGCGUGGGAAAAGCCAACCGAGAUGAACUGGAGACCAUGGCAGGGAAUAAACAAAACGCUAUCCAUGUGGACAAUUUUGACAAACUGAGAGAGACUUACACGCUUCUGCAGGAGACUCUGUGCAGUAAUUCACAAGAGACCUGUAGCCUUCAGGAAGCUGAUGUGAUUUUCCUCUGUGAUGGCUCUGACAUGGUGUCUGAUUCAGAGUUUGUUACCAUGACAACUUUCUUGUCAGACUUAAUUGAUAAUUUUGACAUUCAAUCUCGAAGAAUGAAAGUUGGGAUGGCUCAAUAUGGGAGCCGGUAUCAGGAAAUUAUUGAGUUGGAAAGCUCUCUGAACAAGACUCAAUGGAAGUCACAGAUCCAAGCUGUAGCCAGAAGCAAGGGGUUUCCACGGAUUGACUUUGCUCUUAGGAACGUGAGAUACAUGUUUGAUCCAUCUGUCGGUGGGAGAAGAAACGCUGGUGUUCCUCAAACUUUGGUUGUCAUCGCAUCUGGUUAUCCCCGCUACAAUGUGGCAGAUGCAGCCAAAGUCCUGAAAGACCUUGGCAUUUGUGUCCUGGCUUUGGGCAUAGGAGAUGUUUAUAAGGAGCAACUUUUGCCCAUCACAGGCAAUUCAGAGAAAAUAAUUACUUUCCAAGACUUUAAUAAACUAAAGAAUGUGGAAGUGAAGAAAAGAAUGGUCCGUGAAAUCUGCCAGAGCUGUGGGAAGGCCAAUUGCUUUGUGGAUGUGGUGGUCGGCUUCGACAUUUCCACUCACCAUCGGGGCCAGGCUUUGUUCCAGGGGCAUCCCCGCUUAGAAGCACACCUCCCAGACAUCUUAGAGGGCAUUACCUCCAUCAGAGGGGUGAGCUGUGGGGCAGGUGCAGAGGCACAGGUGAGCCUGGCCUUUAAGGUGAACAGUGACCAAGAGUUCCCAGCCAAGUUCCAAAUCUACCAGAAAGCGAUGCUUGACAGUCUGCUUCAGGUCACUGUUCGUGGACCGACUCAUCUGAAUGCAGAGUUCCUGCAGUCACUAUGGGAUGUGUUUGAAGAGAAAUCCAUAUCCAGGGCCCAGGUCAUGCUUGUCUUCUCAGAUGGUCUCCAGGGUGAAAGCAUCACCAUGCUGGAGCAGCAGUCGGACAGGCUCAGAGAAGCAGGACUUGAUGCUUUGUUUGUGGUGUCCCUGAACACACUCACCCAUGAUGAGUUUUCCAGCUUUGAAUUUGGAAAAGGAUUUGACUACAGGACUCACCUGACCAUUGGAAUAGACCUGGGCAAGAAGCUCUCCCAGUAUCUGGGAAACAUCGCAGAGAGGGCUUGUUGCUGUAAGUUUUGUAAAUGUCCAGGGAUUCCAGGACCUCACGGAACCCGGGGACCCCAAGCCUCAAAGGGUUCUUCAGGUCAGAAAGGCAACAGAGGACACAGAGGAGAGGAUGGAGACCCUGGAAGACGAGGAGACAUUGGGCCUCAAGGAGACAGAGGGAUCAUGGGAUGUCCGGGGACUCGGGGCCAAAAGGGAAUCAAGGGGUUUUCUGGAGUUCAGGGGGAGCACGGAGAAGACGGGCUCGACGGACUGGAUGGAGAAGAGGGAUUUUAUGGAUUUCGUGGGGGAAAGGGAGAAAAAGGUGACCCUGGCUCUCAGGGCAGCCCAGGUUCUAGAGGCACCCCUGGGGAAGAUGGCGAGAAGGGCUUCCCAGGGGACCCCGGUAACCCGGGACAAGACAGCGUCAUCAAAGGCCAGAAGGGCGCCAAAGGAGACCGGGGCAGACAAGGGAGAACUGGGCGGACAGGGACACAAGGCAGUCCUAGCUCCAGAGGAAGCAGGGGAGUGGAAGGCCGGAGGGGGCUCCAGGGCCCCUCGGGGGAAGCAGGAAGCCUGGGGCCUCAAGGUACACAGGGACCCGAAGGACUACAAGGCCCACAGGGGCCGAGUGGAAACCGUGGUGGGAAAGGAGAAGAAGGAAGUCAAGGGUAUCCAGGACCUCAGGGUUCUCCUGGGCCAGUAGGACCAAGAGGGAGCAUUGGAAGACCUGGAUUUGGGGGGAGAAAGGGGGAACCUGGAGUUCCUGGAAACCCAGGGCCAGUGGGGCCCUCUGGACAGCGAGGAGAACAGGGCGAUUAUGGCAUCCCAGGCUAUGGUCAGAUGGGACGAAAAGGAGUUAAGGGCCCAACAGGAUUCCCUGGGGACCCAGGACAGAAGGGUGAUGCUGGAGAUCCUGGAACCCCUGGGGGGCCUGGACCCAAAGGAUUCAAGGGACUGACUCUCUCUCAAGGCUUGAAAGGCGGGAGUGGACUUCAGGGGUCUCAAGGCCCUCCUGGACGCAGAGGUCCCAAAGGCACAGCAGGGCAACCUGUGUAUUCCCCCUGUGAACUGAUUCAGUUCCUGAGGAGCCAUAGUCCCUGUUGGAAAGAAAAGUGUCCUGUGUACCCAACAGAGCUGGUAUUUGCUCUGGACCAGUCCUCUGGUAUCACAGAAAGGAGAUUUAAUGAAACAAGAGGCAUCAUCAGCUCCAUUGUCAAUGAGCUCAACAUCAGGGAAAAUAGCUGUCCCGUGGGAGCGCAGGUUGUUGUGGUGUCCUAUGACUCAGACACCAGCUAUCUCCUCCGUGGGUCUGACUACCAUAGCAAGAGGCAGCUCCUGCAGCUUGUUUCCCAGAUAAAGUACCAGCGCCCUCAGAAGGCCAGGGACAUUGGCAGUGCAAUGAGGUUUGUGGCCCGCAAUGUUUUCAAGCGUACAUCUCUGGGAACCAACGCCAGGAGAGUUGCCGUGUUCUUCAGCAAUGGCCAGGCAGCCAGUAGAGAGUCCAUCCUCACGGCCACCAUGGAGUUCAGUGCCCUGGAUAUCAGCCUCGCAGUCUUUGCUUAUAACGAAAGAGUUUUCCUCAAUGAGGCUUUUGGGUUUGAUGACACUGGGACAUUUCAGGUGAUUCCACUUCCUCCAGUUGGAGAUUUCGAGCCACUGGAAACGCUCCGGCGUUGUACGCUUUGCUAUGACAAAUGUUUUCCAAAUGCUUGUGCGGAAGAGUCUUUCUUUCCUGAAAAUUCAUACAUGGACGUAGCAUUCCUCCUAGACAACUCCCGUAAUAUAGCCAACAAUGACUUCCAAGCCGUGAAAGAGUUGGUGAGCUCAGUGAUUGACAGCUUCCAUAUCACUCGAAGCCCCUCAGCCUCUGACUCUGGUGACAGGGUUGCCUUGCUGAGCUACUCUCCCUCAGAGAAUUCCAGAAGGGAGGGCAGGGUGAAGACAGAGUUUGCGUUUACAACCUAUGACAACCAGUCCGCCAUGAGGGACCAUAUCCACACUUCCCUUCAACAGCUAAAUGGAGAUGCUACCGUUGGUCUUGCCCUACAGUGGGCCAUGGAGGGUCUCUUCCUAGGAACCCCCAAUCCGAGGAAACACAAGGUCAUCAUUGUGAUUUCAGCUGGAGAAAAUCAUGAGAAGAAGGAAUUUGUGAAGACAAUGGCUUUGAGGGCCAAAUGCCAGGGCUACGUCGUAUUUGUGAUUUCUCUGGGCUCCACACAAAGAGAUGAGAUGGAAGAAUUAGCCAGCUACCCACUCGAUCACCAUCUGAUACAGCUCGGGAGGAUGUACAAGCCAGAUCUGAAUUAUAUUGUGAGGUUUCUGAAGCCAUUUGUAUACUCUGUCAGACGCGGAUUCAAUCAGUACCCACCCCCGGUGCUGGAGGACGACUGCAGGCACAUCAAUUUAGAGAGAGAAGAUGCGCUUGGCCGUGGAGAUGUUCUUCGCCGCCGUGGCCUCCGAUUGGCUGCUAAGCUGCAUGAGGUUUCCUCAAGCAAGAACAGCCUUGCUGGUCAAGAGCUGAGAGCUGGGAAAGAUGCGUCUAUUUUGUUGGAGGAUCACGGAGGCGACCAUUUGGUUUACACUCCAAACCAGAUGCUAGAGCCACAUAAGUUAGCAAGUCACUAUGGAAAUGAGCAGGGAUCUGCAGCAGUGGCAAGUCUCACUUCCGAACAUGACAAUCAUGGCAGGAAGGAAGAGGGCCUUACUGAUGAGCCUGGAGAUGCUUCCCUUCAAGAAUAUUACAUGGAUGUGGCUUUCCUCAUAGAUGCAUCUCAAAGAGUAGGGCAUAACGAGUUUCAGGAAGUGAGAGAUUUUAUAACUUCUGUACUAGAUUACUUUCACAUCACCCCAGCUCCACUGACCUCUGUCUUAGGAGACAGAGUGGCUGUCCUGACCUACUCCCCUCCAGGCUAUCUACCAAACACUGAAGAAUGCCCAGCCUACCUGGAAUUUGAUUUGCUCACUUACAACAGCAUACACCAAAUGAAACAUCAUCUCCAGGAGUCUCUUCAGCAGCUCAAUGGAGAUGUUUUUAUUGGGCACGCUCUUCAGUGGACAAUUGACAAUGUCUUUGUAGGAACUCCCAAUCUGAGGAAAAACAAAGUUAUCUUUAUAGUAACUGCGGGUGAAACCAACUCUUUAGACAAAGACGUUUUGAGAAAUGCAUCUCUGAGAGCCAAGUGCCAAGGCUACUCCAUAUUUGUAUUUUCCUUUGGUCCUAUUCACAAUGACAUGGAGUUAGAAGAAUUAGCAAGCCAACCCCUCGAUCACCACUUAGUCCAGCUUGGCCGGACACACAAGCCGGAUUUGGACUAUAUCAUCAAGUUCGUCAAGCCUUUUGUUCAUUCAAUCAGACGUGGCAUCAACAAAUACCCCCCCAGAGAUCUGCAAGCCAAGUGUGCUAAUAUCACCUUCCCCCGCCCAGAGGAUGCUGGCACAGAUGACGACGGUCUAUUACUCAUCCCUGAGGUGUACAAAAUCGAAGCGGGAGACAGUGAACUGUUUGGAGACUCUGGUUCUCAGGAGCAGCAUUUCUUUGUAGUAGGCAACAAUCAUGGCCACCACUCAGGGACCAGUGCUGACUUGAUCCAGAGGUUGUACAUGCUCUUCUCCCCUGGGGAACUGAUGCUCAAUGAUGGGGAAGCAACUGUGGCUCCAGUGAACAGCACGCAAGGGCAGAUCACUCUAGGUUGGACCGUUGAAGACAGCAAAGAUUCGGUGUUUGCUUCCUACUUGGCGCGUACAGGAGUAGGCUCGGGAGGAAACACUGUUAGCCACUAUGGCGACGACGCUAAGAGCAGUGUAUGUUUCGUGCUUUGCAGAUGGCGAGGAUGCAAGAUGAACACCCAAGAGAGACGAGCGCCCCGCUGGCUGGUGUGCGGGGGCUCCCUACAGCAGAUCCAGCCAGAAAGCGAGGACCAGGAACGCCGAGCAUCAAUCACUCUGAUCAGCUUGGAUAAUUAUCUGUUGAAAGAAGAUUUCCGACGUCGCUGUCAUCACAUCUGCAUCUCAAAUUAG